UCAGAAAUCAACCAAGAAAAUUCUGUGUUUUCAAAAACAAGUUCAAACAGGUGUGUGCCUUGUUUCAGUGUUUCAAUUCAUUUUCAAACUUUCAAAUGGCCUAAUGAAACAGUAAAAUGCGGCGGAGCCAAGCGCCGAGCCAGAUUGGCUCGAACAACACCGUCUUUAAGAGCCCUCUACUAGAGUCGAAACGAAAUAAACGGCGGGAAUGCACCAAGAUACCUCUCACUCAGAAAUCAGCUUCACAAGCCCUAUCUGCUUCUGAACACGAGCAAUUAAUCAGACAGAUACUCAACAAGCCUUUCAAGGUUCCCAUACCUAACUAUGUAUCCUCAUUCUGUGGUAAAAGUUUGGGUCUAAAGCGCACUCAGGUUAGGCGCGCUCUGCACGACCCAGAUGAACCAAAUGCAUUGGUAUUGUACCGGCCGCCUUACAUUCCCGAACAUGAGAAGAUGAAAAUGAGUCCAAAUGACAUUAAAGUGGCUGUUGUUGUUGACCCAGUGCUCGGGAACAUCUUACGUCCUCACCAGAGAGAAGGCGUCCAGUUCAUGUACGACUGCGUCACUGGGAAACAGAUAGAGAACGCUUAUGGCUGUAUCAUGGCAGAUGAAAUGGGUUUGGGAAAGACUUUACAAUGUAUUACUCUACUGUGGACACUCUUGAGGCAAGGACCUGAUUGUAAGCCUACAAUUUGCAAAGCAAUCAUUGUCUGCCCUAGCAGCUUAGUGAAGAACUGGUACAAUGAGAUACACAAGUGGUUGGGACAGAGGAUCAAUGCUUUGCCAAUGGAUGGAGGAUCUAAAGCCGACAUUACUUUGAAACUACAGCAGUUCAUGAACACAUACAGUACAACUCGGGUAGCCACCCCAGUUCUAAUCAUAUCAUAUGAAACAUUCAGAAUUUACUCCAAUAUUCUACACUCAUCUGAAGUUGGAUUAGUCUUAUGUGAUGAAGGACAUAGACUGAAAAACUCUGAGAACCAGACAUAUCAAGCACUAAUGGGUCUAAAGGCUAGAAGAAGAAUUUUGAUAUCUGGGACUCCAAUCCAGAAUGAUUUGACAGAAUACUUCAGUUUAGUUCAUUUUGUAAAUGAAGGCAUCUUAGGAACAGCACAUGAAUUCAAGAAAAGAUACGAGAAUCCAAUUCUUAGAGGUCAAGAUGCAUUAGCCACUCCCUCUGAGAGAGAAAAGGCUCAGGAAUGUCUGUCAACUUUAACAUCAAUUGUAAAUAAAUGUAUGAUCCGCAGAACUAGCAGCUUGCUCACUAAAUACUUACCUGUUAAGUUUGAACAAGUCAUAUGUGUAAAGAUGACUCCCCUUCAAACAGAGUUGUAUAAGAACUUUAUCAAUUCUGAUGCCAUCCGCAAUAAGUUCAGUGGGUCUGGUGAAAAGGGCAACACACUAAGUGCUCUGUCAAGCAUAACUACUCUUAAGAAACUCUGUAACCACCCUGAUUUAGUUUAUGAUAAAAUAAUAGAAAGAUCAGAAGGUUUUGAGAAGGCUAUGAGUCUCCUACCAAGCAAUUACGAUACUAAAGAUGUAAAACCAGAAUUAUCAGGAAAACUCAUGAUCCUUGACUGUAUAUUAGCCAAUUUGAAGACAAACACUGAUGAUAAAAUUGUGCUUGUUUCAAAUUACACACAAACAUUAGAUUUGUUUGAAAAAUUGUGUAGGAAAAGAUCUUACCUUUAUGUAAGACUUGAUGGCUCAAUGACAAUCAAGAAGCGAGCUAAAGUAGUUGAGAGUUUCAAUAACAAGGAAAAUAAAGAAUGGAUAUUCAUGCUCAGCUCUAAGGCUGGUGGUUGUGGACUGAAUCUCAUUGGAGCAAACAGACUUAUCAUGUUUGACCCUGACUGGAACCCUGCUAAUGAUGACCAAGCCAUGGCGCGAGUGUGGCGAGAUGGACAGAAGAAACCAUGCUACAUCUACAGGCUAUUAGCUACAGGAACUAUAGAAGAGAAAAUAUUCCAAAGACAAGCACACAAGAAGGCCCUCAGUGACACAGUUGUUGAUCAGAACGAGGAGUCUCUGAGGCACUUCACUUCAGAAGAUUUAAAAGAUCUGUUUAGAUUAGAAGAGAACACGUUGUCAGAUACGCACAGCAAGUUCAAAUGCAAGAGAUGUGUGAACAACAUCCAAGUGACAAUACCUCCAGAGAAUUCUGACUGCACAUCUGACCUCUCUAACUGGUACCACUGUGCAGACAAGAAGAAUUUGGCAGAUUUAGUUCUGAAACAGUGCUGGGAUUUGGCAAAGAGUAUUUCUUUUGUGUUCCACCAUAGAUCUGCCCAAACUGAGGCUCCAAAGGCUAUUGAAGAGGAGAAGGAAAAUAUUCCGGACACCAAAAGAAGGAAGGUAGACAUUGAUGAAGAUUAUUCAGAACCUGAUGAUAGUGCUGAUGAAGAUUAUGAGUGAAUAUUUAAUGCUGGCCGUUUUUAUACCAGAAGGAAAAUUAUGUUGAUUGUAAAUAGUUAUUAUUUUAGUUUAAACACCUACAUUAUGGAAAAUAUAUUUUAAUUACCAGUGUUUUUUGUAA